ACCAUAACAAGUUGAACUCUGAAGUGCGUGGGAUGAAAAAAAACACACGGAUAAUGACUGCAGAGCUGUCCGAUAGUACGAGUCAUUCCUAGAGAAAUCUCUUCACCAUGACAAACCACAUUAAGAUCAUAUCAUCGUUUUUCUUGCGUCGUUAGCGUUUGUGAGAAGUCGUUUUAUGUCGAAAAGCAACAAGUUGGACUUUUUCUGUCUGGAUAUCCUCUGAUAAAGCAGUUUGGGGGCGCGUGCCUGCUUUCAUGGAAUAACCAACAGGUGACUUGAUGUGGAAGUAGCAGCACAACAUUUCCUUCAGGAUGAGACUGUGGACUUUGCUUGUCUUCAUUCGGUGCGCAGCCUCUCUGGAUCCAGCCGACGCACCUAAGCCCAAGAGUCCAGCUGUGGAGAGCCGCUGCUCCAGAAGAGCUUGUAACCCCCGCAUGGGCAACCUGGCCCAGGGAAGAGUACUGAGCACCUUGUCAGUGUGUGGAUCCAACUCCACUGAACCCUUCUGCUUCUUCAAAGAGACUUCUGCGCCCCCCAGCAGGGGUUCCUGCCGAGCAGCAAAAUGCAGCAAGUGUAACUCCGCUGUCCCUAGCCAGGCACACCCGCCCUCUGCCAUGAGUGACUCCCCUUUCCGAAACCCUGACACUUGGUGGCAGUCUGCGGAGGGAGUGAAGGAGGAGAUGCUCCAGUUAGACCUGGAGACAGAGUUUUUCCUAACCCACCUCAUCAUGGUGUUCCGCUCCUCCCGCCCUGCUGCGAUGGUGCUGGAGAGAUCCCAGGACUAUGGGCACACCUGGAACACACUUAAGUAUUUUGCCAAAGACUGUGAGGAGAUGUUUGGCCUGGCUGAGGGGACGCCAGGCUUGGAGAAUGGAGCUACCUGCACCUCAAAGUAUUCAGGAGCUUUCCCUUGUACCAGAGGAGAGGUGAUCUAUCGAGCGUUGUCGCCCUGGCACUCAGUGGAUCCGUACGGACCGGCAGCUCAGGACCAGCUCAUGAUCACCAACCUGAGGGUGCGUCUGCUGCAGCACCAGCCGUGUCCUUGCCAGGCCAAACACCCUGCUGCUGCCACCCUGCCCACACAUCAUUACGCCAUCUAUGACUUUAUUGUGAAAGGUAGCUGCCUUUGUAAUGGACAUGCUGAGCAGUGUGUACCAGCCAGCAGCUACAAACCCAGCCUACAGAAGACCAAUAACUUGGUCCACGGCAAGUGUGUUUGCAGACAUAACACAGCCGGUGACCACUGCGAGCGCUGUGCUCCUCUCUACAAUGACCGACCCUGGCAGGCUGCCAACGGCAUCACAGGGAUGCCGCACGAGUGCCAGAAGUGCAAGUGUAACGGCCACGCCAAGAGCUGUCACUUCAGUCGUGGAUUGUGGCUGGCUUCCGGGAGGCGAAGUGGAGGCGUGUGUGACGACUGCCACCACAACACGGAGGGCCGUCACUGCCAGAACUGUAAGAAAGGCUUCUUCAGAGAUCCGAGUCAACAAACUGGCCCUGACUCCUGCAAACCCUGUUCCUGCCACCCUGUAGGCUCCGUCCCCUCAGGGGGUCGCCCUCUCUGUAACCCCAGCAGCGGGGAGUGCACUUGUAAGCCUGGUGUCGGAGGCCUCCAAUGUGACAGUUGCAUGCUGGGAUACUGGGGGCUUCAUGAAUACGGCUGCCGUCCAUGCGACUGCACUGGGGAUUGUGACCCUUACACUGGGGACUGCGUUUCUGGCUCUGAUGUGGAGGUCUUCUAUACAGCCGCUGGCCACAUGGGACACAGCAGCAAUAAUAGUGAGACGGCACUCUUUAGGGUAGAGGAGCUUUUCUCUGCACUGCACCACUCUGAGAAAUGUGAGUGUGUAGAGGUUACUCUUGGCAGCCCGAAACUCUUCUGUGCUGCAGAGUACGACUAUGUGCUGCUGGUGAGGGUGAUGUCAGCUCACGAUAAAGGCUCCCAUGCAGAGGUGGAGGUAAAGGUCAAGAAGGUCUUUUUCCAGAACCCUCAGUUGAGGAUCCAGAGAGGAAGCGUCACCCUUUACCCAGAGUCCUGGACCACACAGGGCUGUACCUGCCCCAUCCUCAACCCAGGAUCUGAGUACCUGGUGGCUGGUCACGAGGACUGGAGAAGCAGCCGGCUUAUGGUCAACACAAAGAGCUUGGUUAAACCCUGGAAGUCAAGCCUGGGACACAAAAUCCUCGACAUACUCAGAACAGACUGUGGUCACCGCUAAGGGCUGCAAAGGAGAAAGGGAUGAAGAGAUGGAGAGACAGAGUAAACAGAGGGACGGCUUGGACAGGGCACUGCUGCUUGUAUGCUAAAAUGACAGCCAAAUCCAGUGCCUGCUGCAGGGAAUUCACUGCUUCAUCAGUGUCUAAAGUGGACCCUAAAAGAGACAGCACUACAAAGCCGUGGUUGUUGACUGCGUAUGGUAGAGAUAAGCAAAAACUGUAAGCAGAAAUCUCUCCAGGACUACAGUAGCUUAACAACAAAUGAGAACAAGUUAUAGGACUUAAACCAAGAUAAAAACUGUAUCUUGGAAUAGUUUCAUUCUUGUGUUUCUUUCUGAUGUGCCUCAGCUCAAAAGUCUUUCCCAGUUAUUUAUGAAACAAUCUGGAAUGCGUAUUAAACACUCAAUUAUCUUUUAUAUCCUGGCUGUCAGAGUUGAUGAGCCAAGCUGCAGUCACAUUUUACUGUAUCUGUUUCAUUGAGAGAUGUUUACUUUGGACUCCUGUGACGGCACUGACUGAAUCACUCUCCUCGUCUCACAGAUAUUUGAGAUAAAUCGCGAAGAGUCAAAGUCAGAAUGUGGGCGAGUGUGAGUGUGAGUGUGAGUGUGAGUGUGAGUGUGUGAGUGUGUGAGUGUGUGAGUGUGUGAGUGUGUGUGUGUGUGUGUGUGUGUGUGUGUGUGUGUGCGCGCGUGCAUAUGCUUGAUGUCCUUGGCAGGGAGUGUGGGACUGUGCAGGUCAGAACAAGAAACUCCGGGAUAAAAAAAAAAAAGACAUUAAAGGAAUCAGGAGGGCUAAUCUGAGCUGCUCCGUUCUGCUCUGGCACACUCGCCAGCCUGCUGUCUGACAAGUGCAAAACACACUUUCCAGGAGGGUCUGAAGUACAUGCGAGCGGCUUAAACACCCAAGAUUGACUGUUCUCUUAUAGCUUCUUCAGUUACAAGAGUGGAUCUUUGUCAGCGUUGUCAGACUUGAUUCUGUGAGGAUUUUCUGCUGUCCUCAUACGACCCACUGCAAGGAUACAAUAGAGUCGGUCUCUCAGAUACUGACCCUGUGUGUGUGUGUGCGUGUGCGUGUGUGUGUGUGUGUGUGAGAGAGAGAGAGAAAAGAAGCACACACCCUCUCUGAACAUAUGUUUCUCUAUUUGGCCUGUGACUCCUGCUGCCCCAAAAUAAAUAUGUAUUAAAAGCUUGGGUACUCAUUGACAUCACAGAUCAGAUACACGGUCCGCAGGCCAGUUUUGAGUUGGGUCCAGUUAAGAAUAGUCCGGGUCUGCUGUCUCCAAGGAGAAGGACAAACUGUGAGGAGACAUGAUGCAUUCCUCAACUGUGACAUCACCGGCCGUGUCCUUGUCCCAAAGACUUUACCAAAAUAAGAGAAAAUGGGAAGGAUUGUUUCCUUGUAAAGGACAAAUUGGUGAUUAGGGGAGCAUGAAUGUAUGAUGCUGUCAGUGUGAGAUGAUUGCUAUUCCUGUGUAUCCUGUAUGUUCCCCUUUUUUUAAUCUAAACUGCUUCAACUACA